UGCAACCCUGGGUCGUUCUAGCAGUGUUGUCAAUUUUGACGUUUGAAAUUUCUUUUUCGAUAUCCGCUUAACGCAAUUGUUGAUCCAAUAAAAAACAAUGGCUCCCCGAAAGGCAAAAGCCCAGAAAGAAGAAGUCCAAGUGUCGUUGGGCCCACAAGUGCGCGAAGGCGAAUAUGUGUUUGGCGUUGCACACAUCUAUGCCAGUUUCAAUGACACCUUCGUACAUGUUACCGAUUUGUCAGGCCGUGAAACCAUUGCUCGCGUCACUGGUGGCAUGAAAGUAAAAGCUGAUCGUGAUGAAGCUUCACCCUAUGCUGCUAUGUUGGCUGCUCAAGAUGUCGCUGAGAAAUGCAAGACUCUUGGCAUCACCGCUCUUCAUAUUAAAUUGCGUGCCACCGGAGGUAAUAAGACCAAAACACCUGGACCAGGUGCUCAAUCUGCGCUGCGCGCUUUGGCUCGUUCUUCAAUGAAAAUUGGUCGUAUUGAAGAUGUGACACCCAUCCCAUCUGAUUCUACACGCAGGAAAGGUGGUCGUCGUGGUCGCCGUUUGUAAUUUGCAACGCUUUCUGUUUUUGUGCGCAUAUGUUAUUUCAUGUAUGCAUUUCUCAUGCGUAUACCAGAAAAGUGGAAACCGUAGCUAAAAUACAGUUUUUUUAAUAUAAGUGGUGAAAACUUAAAA